GAUCGCCAUGGAUGAGAGAAUGAGAAGGGUUGCUCAAGCAGGAAAUAUCGACGCCUUGUAUGCACUGAUUCAAGAGAAUCCAUUCGUUUUGGAAACCUUUUAUGAAUUCCCUUAUGUUGACACUCCAUUACAUUUAGCUGCCUUUCAAGGGCACAUUGAUUUUGUCCUGGAAAUGAUGAACUUAAAGUCAUCAUUCGCAAGAAAGCUAAACCCUGCAGGGCUUAGCCCGCUGCAUCUUGCCUUGCUAAAUCACCAACCUCUUGUAGUACGUGAGCUCGUGAGAGUUGAUAAAGAUCUCAUUCGCGUCAAAGGGAGGGGCGGUUUAACCCCUCUGCAUUUGGCAACCGAAAUAGGAGAUCUCGAUCUUGUAGCUGAAUUUCUUGAGGCUUGUCCCGAAUGCAUCACGGAUGUGACUAUUCAAGGUGAGACUGCCCUACGAAUCGCUGCCAAAAAUAAUAGCUUUGAAACCCUGGAACUCCUAGUUCGUUGGCUUCAAAAGACUACUCACAAAGAUAGUGAUGUUUGGAAUAAACAAGUUCUGAACAGGAAGGAUAAGCAAGGAAACACAAUUCUACAUAUAGCUGCAUCCAAUAAUCACCCCAAGAUGAAAAAACUUUGUAUCCUUGAUUUCAACAUGCAAUACAGGGGAAAAGAAAAGAAAACUGGAGUAACAGAGUAGAGAUAGUGUGCCACUUUAUUAUUAUGACAGGCACUACAUCCCGCUACAAGCUAAACUACCAAUCUCAUCAUUAAUAGUCAAUACAUUGACAUUCUUUCUAACUAAGCAUUUUGCAAUCUCGAUCAUUUCACAUUCAACAGCAUCAAAGAGAGCUGUUUUACCAGCAGAAUUUGUUAUUUAUGCUCUGUCUCUUCUUUUGACAUUUUCUCCACCACAUGCUCAGCAAUUUUUAA